AUGGGACAAAAUCAAUUUCAGCCAGUGCUAACGCUAUAUAUCAUUUGUGAUAGGAUCGGAUGUAAAGUAACGAAAACUUCAUACGAUCUUACGUUCGUGUCCGUGCGAUGGCCGCAAAACCCUCCUUUCGCUUUUUCUCAAGAACUCUACGACUACAUUUAUCAUUUUUAA